GUCUUGUUUCCUGCAGGAGAAUUCCUUUGACUUCGUGUUCAUCCUAUUAAACCAGGAAGUGCCCAAGAAGUAGAGGAAUAGAUCUUAGUCAUCUGGAUUUAAGAAGAACAAUGUCUCUUCCCCGACAGCUGCGAGAAAAGAGUGAUUUUGACCAGCUUCCAGAUGAUGUACCUGUUUCAGCUAAUAUUGCAGAUAUUGAAGAGAAGAAAGGCUUUACUAAUUACUAUAUGUUUGUCAUUGAAGUAAAGCUUAAAGGUGGUGGCAGAUACCUGAUUUUCCGGCGCUAUCGUGAGUUCUAUGCCCUGCACACCAAACUAGAGGAGAGAUAUGGGCCAGAGAGCAAUAACAGCCCAUUUACCUGCACACUCCCUGUACUGCCAGGAAAAGUUUUUGUUGGUGCCAAAAAGGAAAUUGCUGAGAACAGGAUUCCUAUCCUAAAUGUCUACAUGAAGAACCUGCUCUGCCUCCCUGCUUGGGUGUUGAUGGAUGAGGACGUUCGGCUGUUCUUCUACCACUCAACCUUUGAUGGCGAGCAGGUGCCUCACAGACUGAGACGGCUUCGCCCACGGACACGCCGAGUUAAGAGUGUUUCAGAUCAAGUGCCUGUUUUUGAUCGCACUGCAGCUCCACGGGCUGAGGCACUGUUUGAUUUUCCUGGAACCAAUAAACUGGAACUCAGAUUCAAGAAGGGAGAUUUGAUCUAUCUUCUCAGCAAAAUAAACAAAGACUGGUUGGAGGGAACUGCUGAUGGUGCCACUGGGAUUUUCCCAUGUGCUUUUGUGAAGAUAAUAAAAGAUUUACCACAGCAGGAAGACACAGUUAAUAAAGUUCGCUGUUAUUACUAUGAUGAGACUGUGAGCACCAUCAGGGAUAUCUCAGUGGAAGAGGAUCUGAGCAGCAUUCCAUCAUUCAAAGAUCUAAUGGAAUUGAUGAGGCAGGAGUUUAACCAAGAAGACAUUGUUUUGAAUUACCGGGAUCCUGAAGGUGACCUGAUCCGCUUGCUCUCCGAUCAGGAUGUUGAACUCAUGGUGUCUCAGAGCAGAAGAAGUCCCUCUGAGAAGCACUUCUUCCCUUGGAAGUUGCACAUCACUCACAAAGAUGACUUGGGUGUCUACAACACUAGUCCAGGAACAGGUGCUACUCAAACAGUAGGGGCGAUACUCCCAUAAAUUUCUCUUCAUUUGCUGAUCUGAAGGUUUGUGGGCC